GUACUUCACAAGCUUUUGAUUUAAAAUCCAGUUCACAAGUACAUCUGUCACUGUGCAUCUCAAUAAAAUAUUUUAGUCAUACAAGUAACAGAGAAAACAGACCUAUAUACCUAAACCCUAUGUUUAAGUAUGUUACUCCUAGUAACUUCCAUAUUGGGAGUGAACCAUAAGAACUAAUUUCCUAUGUGGAUUAGUUGUGGUGCAGUUAGAAUGGACUACUUGAUUUCUGUUUACAAUAAUCUAAUUGAGAAAAGUCUCUUCAUAACAAGCCUACAGUGCCUAAGUCCAAGUUAUCCCUGCUGGUACUGUCAUUCUGAUUCUGUUUUUAAUCAUGCAGAUUUUUGUAUGAAGUCAUGAGUAAUAUCAUAUAUAUCUUUCUGUAAAUUCAGGAGAUGAAGGCUUGGGAUGGCUGUGCAUGUGAUAUGGGUCCUUCACCUGCGUAUCAGAAAUCACAUCAACAAACAAAGGGAAAAUCCUUCUCUUCUAAAUUGUUACUCCUUGAGCACCAUUAGAUAAGCAUUUACCACAAAGGAACCUAAAUUGACAGCACUGUCACUUUCAACACAUCAUUCAUGCAAAAUCAAUCCCCACUUCCCACUUAUUACAACAAGUGAUAUUUAAACUUUGCUUUAUUUGCUUAUCAUUACAGACAAAACAAACCACAUCCCCAUGCAUUACUUCCCCCCCACCCUAUGCUAACAAAGCAAACAACCAACAAAAUGAAGUUUGUGGUCCACACCCUUCCCUCUUCUUUUUCUACCCUUUUUGGCUCCAUAUAAACUCUCAUUCCCUCACAAUGCUCCCAGAGACAACCUCUAACCGUUUUCUUGCCCCCAGCAUCUUCUCUUCUUCUUCUUCUUCAUACUUGUCAAAACUCAUAAUGGAGAUCAAGAGUAGAGACAGGAGGCAAGUGUCAAUUGAGAAGGUGAGGAGAGACAGUCCGGUUGAAGUAGAAGAGGAGGAAGAGGAGGAGGAUGAAAGUGUGGCUGGCGUUGAGGGCUGUCUUGCAGAAGAUGAGAGGAAGAAGGGUGGGGCAGGUGGUGGGAGAAGAGGGUCUACUGGAGGUGGAGUUUCUCCACCGUCUUGUCAAGCAGAGAUGUGUGGUGCUGAUUUGACUGUUGCAAAGAGGUACCAUCGCCGCCAUAAGGUGUGUGAGCUUCAUUCCAAGGCACCUUUUGUGAUGGUUGCAGGAAUGAGGCAGAGGUUUUGCCAGCAAUGUAGCAGGUUCCAUGAGCUGGCAGAGUUUGACGAAGCAAAAAGAAGCUGCCGGAGACGCUUGGCAAGACAUAAUGAACGGCGCCGGAAGAGCAAUGCUGAGACUUGCAAUGAAGGAUGCAGCAGCAGCAGCAAAGGACAGCAGCCUACAGAAAGCCUCUGCAGAAAUGCUGAUGACUGGGGAAGAAUUCAGAUGAACAUGGCAAGGAAUUCUGGUUACAGGUCCUUCCACUUCAGAUGAAUUUAAUGUGUUCAUCAGCAUGCUCCCUCUCUUCUGUCAACGGAUCUUAACAAUAUGCCAAGGCAUAUAAUAAAGUCCACUUUUUAUGUUAGGAGAAUAAGCAUCUAAACCAGAAUUAAAAACUCCCAACACUUAAAGGUGGUGUCAUAUGUAAACUACGUCAUGGUGCUGAAGCUCUAUAUUUUAUUAUUUACUUACCAAGUUUCUUAUGUUUCUGUGUGCCUUGAUACCACCCUUAAAAUGAUGUAUUUCCCCAUUAUUAGAAUAAAAUCCAUAGUUUAUUGAGUAAA